GAGAGAGAUAUGCAGAGGUGGGGCCUCAAAGGAAUAGUCACCUUCUUGAUGAAACAGUUAAGUCUGAAAAACAUUGCUUUGAGAGUGUGUCUUCUACCUUUGUUUUGAAACAAUAAGACGGGCUUUAUACAAUAAGGUUAGUGGGAGAGGACCCCAGCCAGAGGGAGGAGUUCAGGGGAAAUGAGUAUGCUGUUCUGUUGUUCAGGAGAUUUGAAGCUUGAUUUGCUACAGCUUAGUUAAGGUCCAACAUCACAAAUACCAGAAGCUGAUUGGAGGACUGCAAUCUUAGGUGCGUUAAAUAAAACCCCAAACUGACAGUUAAUCCAGAUUUCCUUUCUGAAGAGCUGUAUGGAGGCAGAAGAUGAAUAACAACAUUACAUGUAUACAGUGACCUGGGAGAAGAAAAGUGAUGUUCCUGAGUUGCAAAUCUAUCCAACACUAAAAUGUCGGGUGACAGGAUCACCCUAAAGGGCUCAUUGCCCAGGCAAGGAAUAUGUCCAGAAGUGACUAUUAAUACUGACAUACUGGACAAUGACAAGAAAGAAGAUACUGUGAUUGUAAAAGUUUGCUUUCAUAGCAACAACUCUUAUUUUGGCAAAAACUUCAAGCUGGUGAAAUGCAAUAGAAAUUCUGACGUUCGGAAUGUCAUUGAUUCUGUCCUAAUAAGUGGGAGUAUAGGUCCAAAUAUCCAGUAUGCCGAAUGCUAUGGCCUUCGUCUGAUGCAUCUAAAAUCCAAUGAAAUUCACUGGCUUCACCCUGAUAUGACCAUCGCUGAGGUUCAGCAAAAGUUUCUUCAAAUGGAAGCUGAGUGGAGGCAUGACUUGCGGAUUCGGUACAUACCUAUAAACUUUAUAGAAAGUUUUAAGGAGGACAAGACUACGCUACUUUUCUUUUACCAGCAGGUACGUAAUGAUUACAUGAAGCUAUACUCAAAUAAAGUGAGUGAAGGCAUGGCAUUGCAGCUUGGCUGUUUGGAGAUAAGGAGGUUUUACAAAGAAAUGCCCUCAAAUGCCUUGGAAAAGAAAUCUAAUUUCGAACUCUUAGAAAAAGAGGUGGGACUGGAUCUGUUUUUUCCAAAGCAGCUACAAGAAGCAAUGAAGCCAAAGCAAUUUCGACGGAUGAUCCAACAAACCUUUCAGCAGUAUGGCACACUGAAAGAAGAGGAGUGCAUCAUGAAGUUCUUUGAUACUCUUCGUUCUUUUACCGAUAUCGAUCAUGAAACAUUCCGCUGUGAGCUUGUGCAAGGGUGGACCAUUGCAGUGGAUUUAAUGAUUGGGCCUACUGGGAUACGCCAGCUGACCAGUAAGGAUGCAAAGCCCACCUGUUUAGCAGAGUUUACAAAGAUUAAGGCAAUCAAGGGUACAGCAAUGGACGAUGGAAAUACAGUGGUUAUUGAGCUACAAAUUGAAGGUGCUCCUCAGCCCUUAUACAUUAAAACUCCAACAAUGACCAUGGCGGAAAACAUGAUGGAUCUCAUAGAUGGGUACUGCCGGCUGCAAAAAUGUACAACAAAGUCAUUAAUUAUCGGCCUAAAGAAAGAUAGAGAAGCACUGCCAGAGAUUCCAGAUAUUCCAAAACUAGAGAGAAUGGAUCGACGAUCAAAACUGUAUUCAGCAGAAAGUAUAGAAUCUGACAUUUAUGCUGAAAUCCCUGAAGAGGGUUCAAGACCCAAGUCUGGUGCUCACAAUUUUGGAAUUUCACGAGAUGACGUGGUUUUGGGAAGGAUUUUGGGAGAAGGCUUCUUUGGCGAGGUACAUGAAGGAGUGUACAAGAAUCACAAAGGAGAAAAAGUUCCAGUUGCAGUGAAGACCUGUAAGGAUUGCGCUUCUGAGGUGAAGGAUAAAUUUAUGAGUGAAGCAGCAUUGAUGAAAAAACUGGAACACCCUCACAUAGUAAAGCUCGUUGGAAUUAUUGAGGAAGAACCUGUGUGGAUUGUCAUGGAGUUGUAUCCGUACGGAGAGCUGGGAAACUUCCUUGCAGAGAACAAGAACAAGUUGCAACUUGUGACACUUAUCUCGUACUCCCUGCAAAUAUGCAAAGCUCUUGCCUACUUGGAAGGGAUGAAUUUUGUACACAGGGAUAUUGCUGUAAGAAAUAUAUUAGUAGCAUCAUACGAAUGUGUUAAACUAGGCGAUUUUGGCCUGUCACGGUAUAUAGAAGAUGAGGAAUAUUACAAAGCUUCCGUUACUCGGCUUCCCAUUAAAUGGAUGGCUCCUGAGUCGAUUAACUUUCGACGCUUCACAUCAGCCAGUGAUGUCUGGAUGUUUGCUGUCUGUAUGUGGGAAAUCAUGAGCUUUGGAAAGCAACCGUUUUUCUGGCUAGAAAAUAAGGAUGUCAUUGGCAUAAUUGAGAAGGGGGAUCGACUUCCAAAGCCAGAGAACUGUGUGCCCAUCCUCUAUACCCUUAUGACACGGUGCUGGAAUUAUGACCCCAAUGAAAGACCAAAGUUCACGGAACUUGUUUGUAACCUAAGUGAUAUCUAUCAAAUGGAAGUUGCGGCAGUGAAAGAACAAGAAAAAAAUAAUCGACACCGAGCUCCUAAAAUAGUAGAACAAGCUCCUUCAAUAAAUUUGGAACCACCUCCAAAGCCUUCAAGACACAUGUUCAAGUCACCAAGGUCAUCAUUUCUGGCACCAAGCCUCCAGUAUCAGCUCAGUGAGUCCUUACGGGCCAGUUCACCUACGCUCACAUCCCCGGAGUACCAGUCCCCUGCUGACUCUUCACACAGCCCUCCUUUCCCACGCUCAGUAUUUAAACGACGCAGCAUGAGGGAAGAGGAGUUCAUUGUCAGGCCGAGCAGUAAAGAGGAGGCACAGAAGUUGUGGGAGAUGGAGCGAUUGCAGUUGCAGUUGCGUCUACAAAAGCAGCAGCGAGAGAUGGCCGAGGACAAGCAGUGGCUGAUGACAGAAGCAAAACGUCUGGAUCCUAUGGCAAAUUUGAAUGCUAAAAUCAAUGAGCCUACUGAAAAGGAAUCUGGUUACACUCAGUUUACUGGUCCACCUCAAAAACCUCCACGUUUGACAACACAGGCACUUCAACCAGCUCCUACAGCUAACCUUGACCGCACAGAUGACAAAGUAUAUAGCAAUGUUAUGGAGCUGGUCAAAUCAGUAUUACUGCUGAAAAAUGAAAUCUACCAGCUCCCUCAAGAGGAAUAUGUCAACGGAGUGAAGAAGGUAGGCAUGAACCUGCGAAACUUGAUCGGCAGUGUAGAUGAGAUCUUACCGACUCUUCAUGCAUCCUUACAAACUGAGAUUGAAGGCACAGAAAAGUUAUUAAACAAAGACCUGGCAGAACUUAUCAGUAAGAUGAAACUCGCACAACAGAAUGCUGUGACAUCACUGAGUGAAGAAUGCAAGAAGCAGAUGCUGCUGGCAGCUCAUUCGUUAGCUGUCGAUGCCAAGAACUUACUGGAUGCCGUCGACCAGGCUAGAGUGAAAUCCAACUUGGCAAAACCAGCAUACGAUUGACAGUGCCAAUCUUCAAGUACUGGCACGUCUUUAGAAAAACAGUACAGUGGUAACAAGACAAGCUCAAUUCUCAAACAAGACAUAAAAGUAAACAAGUUUUUAAGAGUGGAAAAUAAAAACAAUACUACUUCAAUUUCAAAUGCUUCCUUAACAAUGAGCACACAGACUUCUGAGUACCAUGUUAUUUUUGUGUUCUAGACUGACAGUGGAGGCAUCCUAUAAGAACCUUGUGGGAACAAUAAAAGACAGUUCCACUUGAGUUGCACAAAUGAUAACAACUUCUUGGAGUAAUAGAGUGAAUUUCAGUAGCUGUUUACCUGAGAUGAACCAGUUAAAAAGAAGUAAAAUAGCUAAAGUGUGCCACAGACCAUGUCAGCCAAUGACUUUGGGCACCUUUGAUCUUCCUUGUGAUGUGGUUACUGUAAUAUUACUUGCAUUGUACCUUUGUUGCACAUCAAGGCACACUGGAAAAAAUAUGUGCAUCUUAUGCUCCAGUUUGACAUAAAAAAAAGAUGUGACACAGAGCAGAGUAGGCUGAGUUUUUUUUAAGUACUUGAAUUAGUUCUAUGAGAUGAAAGCAAAUCAUUUGUUUCACUGUUCAAAGUCUCUGUAGCUUAAAAAAAUGUGAUGCUAGUUGUAUUUUUUAACAUAUGAUUCAGGAUGACAGUAAAAUAAAUAUAUAUACCCAUAUGUGCAAUAAGGAUACUGAACAUUCCACUCUGAGGAUGCUGCAUAUGAAGCAGUCCUGGAGGAUGAUAGCUAAAAACCUAGCAUCUGUAAAUAAACCAGAGGGGUUAGCAGUGGGUGUAGUUGUUAAACCUGUGUUGACAUGUUAAUAGUAAUGUACAGGAUAAGUUAAAGUAACACAUUUCUGCCAUGUUAUUCAUGCUUAUUUCUUUUAGCAUUAGGAAAACUGAAAAUGUUGUGAUUUAUAUAUAUAUUGGUUUAUUGUUUUUUAAAUGGAGUGAGUUAUUUGAGACGAGAUAUAACAGCUAUUUAGAAAUAAUGAAAGCAUCAGAAAAAAUUAUUAUCAAAGCACCAUUUCAGGAAAGAGAGCUACUUAAAAUUACUGGAAUAUGAGACACACAAAAAACAUGUUACAGACAAGCUUUGGAGUCUGGCUCUGUAGAAUUAAACUGAAUCAACUCGGCAUUUACUAAGGGAAGUUAGAUAGCUAAUGUUGUCCUUUUUAGAAUACUGUGGCAUUGGUUUUCCACAGUACAAAUUUGCAUCUGUCUGCAUGUCUAUCAGUGUGCUAUAUGUUUUAGAGUUUGUAUUUUAGACAUUGUCCCUAUUUAAAAAUCAUGCUUAGACUGUUGAGAACCACAGGGCAUCCAAGUUGCACGUCAGAAUAACUAAUAUUUAUGUACAACCAAAUGUUUAACAGAAGUUCUAGUUUUCAGACAUUAUUUCUUUUUCAUUUCAUCUGAGAUCACUCAGGAACAGUUUUUAAAAUAAUUUCUAAUUUUAUUUUUGUGUUAAACAGUAAUGCAAUACUAUGUCUUUUGAGAUGUUCUGUAUGAAGACCUUGCAUGAAAGUGUCUUUUUUUACAUUGUGAAAUGUUUUUGCCACUUAUAGUGCAGCCCAGAGAUCCAAAUGCAAGUUCUCUAGUGCUACUUGUCUGGUGAAAAUGGAAGUUUGUUGAUGUGUUUCCCUGGAUUAGUCAUUAGGAACUACCUGUUUGUAUUAUAGAUGCAUCACAGUCCCACGUAACUGAAGUCACUAUUAUUCAAGGUACAGUAGAACAAAUCGUUGUGCCUUUCAGGAAUAUUUAUAUGGUUUAGAGCUUAUUAACUGCACCAAAAGGUACUUGUUGAAGAAAGGGCUGACUGAUUUAUUAAGCUAUAAUUUCUAAAGUUAUUCCACAUUCUGAGCAGGGCUAUUAAUGAAAAUGCAAAGUGCCUUGUCUUUAAGUACCUCUUCUACAUUGCAGAUUGUUUUCAUGACAUUAGAAGUUACUUCACAAAAUAUUGAAAUUAGAUGAAGGGGAAUGGAUUUUUGUUGCUGUCCUAACCCUGCCCGUUUACAGAGUAGGCAUGUAUCGUCCACACUGAGUUUAGCUGAAGUGAAGUUGUUUAUAUAUUUUGCAUAGAGAUGUUUACUAUAUAAAGAAUUAUAGUUUUGAACUCAUGGAAAGGUUUCACAUCUAACUUGUUCAUUUUGUACAUCCUUAAUUCACAAUACUGUAGCUUUACAAAACACCAUAUGAGAUCAUAUCAGGGAUACACAACUACAGUUCUCUUACAGUGACACCACAGAAGGUACAAAUUAAGCAGCAAUACUGUUGUAUUACUUUUCAUAUUAAGCAUCUUUAGUUCACUGUAAUACGGCUUUACAAAUCAUCACGUGGGGGUUAUCAGUUAUACACGACUGCUAUUCUCUUGCAGUGGAACCAGAACAGGUACAAAUUAAACAGCAAUAUUGUGUUACUGAAAGCUCAGUAUGCACUUAGAGAUGUUAAACUGGCUGUUGAGUUCUUAUCGUUUUUAUUGUAAUGUUUUGUACAGUGUAGUUUGCACAAAAUCUGUUGCAUCUAGCUAGUUGUGCAUUUCUUUCUGAUUUCCUAGUAACACUAUUUUGCACAAAUUUAAUAAAAUUAUAGCAACUUUCUGUUCAGCUGUGUGCAAAGUUUUGAAAUUCAGCUUAGUUAUGGACUGCAGAAAUGGCAUAGCUUUAUUUUGUUAAGGUGAAAAAAGGGUCCAUUUUCAGAUGAGUCCAUAUUUCAUUCCUUCUGGUUCACCUGCUGUGUUCACAUUCAGUAUUGCUUGUAAGACACAGUUCUGAAUACUUCCGUUGGAUUUUUUGCAUCAACAUCCCUAGCAUUAUUUCAGAAGACUUUUGUGUGUUUCCUUUGAAAUAGUAUCCACUUAUACGUUGCCAUGCACUCUUGUUCUUCCAUUUACUUUCCUCUUUAAAGGGCCAGUACAGUGCACUUCUGUGCAUAUAUUUGUACAUCUCAGUCUUAUUACCUAUUCUCAUCCUGUCACCCAGGGUCUCCUAACUUCUUUAGGCAGACAGCACUUUACUGAAAUAACCCUUUGUCUCUCUCUUUCUCACAUACCCCCUUCUUGUUUCAGUACUACUGCCAACAGUAUUCCAGGUGACUUUAAUAAUGCUUAAUACAAAAGAAAAUAACCUCUACUGUUGUGCCACAGUAUGCUCUGUUGUAGAGUCUCCUGUUUUCUUACAUUUGUGCCGUGUUACUACACACACACAGACAUGCACCCAUAUACUGCUCUUCCCCAGUUUACUUGUUGCUGUCACCCGCGGUCAUUGUUCUCUCUACAUAGCCUCCUAAACCAAGCACUUCAGAACUCCAGGUAGUGAUGUCCCUGGUGUAUAAGUUAUAAAUGCAGAAUAAUCAGUAAAAUAUUACAGUAAAUACUGAAAUACAGUUAUAAUUGCAUGCAUGUUUUGCAUUGCCAAAUUAUUUUCUUGUAUGCUUCCUGCUGUGCUUGGUUUUUGGGUUAAUUGCAAAUGUCUGUAGACACUCCAGAAAUGUUGACAACUGGAGGGAGAAGAGAAGCCACACCAUCCUUUGUAUAACACAACUAUUUUUUACUCCCACACCACAGACCUGUUGCCUUCUUCUAAUAUACUCUGCCUUCUAAUAUGUCUGCUCAACAUUGCUUUACUGUAUGAACUCAAACAGUUAUGAUGAAUUCCUCAUAAUGGCCUGAGUCCAAUACUUUAAGCAAAUCUAGUUAUGCAGUAUUAAAUCUACUGUUUGGUCUGCUGGACUCAGGAUCCUGUACACUUUCUUAUUCCUCCAUAACAGAGUAUUAUAAAAAGUGUUUUGCAUUACUUCAUGGAAUGCGUGUGGUGCCUAGUUUUGUAGUACACAGUUGUAAGGAAACUAAAUAAGUACAGUAUUCAUUUUAGAAAGAGAGAGUUCUUUCCAAUAGGUUUGUGCACUGCAGUCUCUCUUUCCAAUAGGUUUGCGCACUGCAGUCUCUCAUCAGAAACUGUGUGCCAUAGAAACACUGGUCUGAAGUAAAAAAAAAAUAGUUUUGUGUGGGUGAUAGAGCUCUUUGCACCUCCUUCACUAUUUGAAGAUGCAGUCUCCCACACCUCUCUUGUUAAAUAUAACAAAUUCUGACAAUGUCACCUAAGUGAAAAGUUAUCAUUUUUGGCAGUACCAGUCUAGAGUUUGUAGAUAGCUUUAACACGUCAAACAAAGUAGGUAAAAAGAUAAAUUCAACUUUUGUUUUGUCUUGUUUAUACAUUAUUGUGAUGUAAAUAUCUUGUAAAUGUCGGGCUGUUAAUUGGUACUACAGUCACAAAGAAUUGGAUGGAGGUUGUAGAACAUAACAUCCAUGGUGUGACAGUGUAAAAAUCAUUCUAAUACAACAUAUUGCAAAUACAGUUUUAAGAUAACAUUUUCCUCACUAGAUAGAUUUUGAACUACAGUUUUUAUCAUUGUAGUUGUUUUGGAUGUUAACUCUUUAAGUGAAAAGUAGAAUGCAUAAAAGUUUGUUUACCAUAAUGUGAUGCUUUGGGGGUGUACUGGAAAUUUUUAAUGAAGAGAUUAAGCAUGGUUUGACAGUUAAGUUUGCUUUUAUUGUUGGUUUGAUUAAUAUUUUUUUUUUGUAAAAAAUGUAAAGUGUCUUACUUGUGUUUGAACUUUAUUAUUAAACUGCUGUUGUGAGAAAAAACAA